AUGCCGUACAGAGAUAGGUUUGUGGCAGCAUGGAUAAAUGUGUAUGCACCUCGGAAGCAAUUCAGUUCAUUAUUAUAUUAUAGAGCAGAGUCCGCACAUGCGAGGCUGAAGCUAUAUUUGGGGGGUACUAUGUCAUCCUUACAACAAGCUUUUAAGAAAAUAGACAAGAUGUUGAAAAAUCAGUUCGGGGACAUUCGGAGGUCAUUUCAGAGAUCUAUCAACAUCCCCCGCCAUUGGCAAAUACAUGACGAACUUUUUCAACAAUUCCAGUUGUGCGACUGUACAAUAAAAAUUACGCACGGAUUGCCAUGCAGACAUGAUCUUGCAUAUUACCGUUGGUACUCCAUGCCAAUUCCGAUUCAGAGUAUCCACGAUCAUUGGACUAAGUUGUCCAUGCGCGCGCCCAUUGUGAAUGACGAGGGAGAACGACUGGACAGAACAUAUGAAGUUAUAGACAGAUUACGUGGAAUGGAUCAAUCUACGCGAGAGCACAUGAUAGACAGGAUUAUCGAUAUGAGGGAUCCAUCUCAGAGCACAGUUCGAGGCCCAGCUUAUAACACGGCUCAUAGAGGUCGACCUACUGGUAGAGAGGAGCAAAGUGGACGACACAUUCCUUCCUUUACAGAAGCGUCGACUUCAUCAUCUAGGGUCGAAUCUAGGAGACGUGGGAGGGGCGAGGGAGUUCACAAAACUCAAGCGAACCGUGCUGAAUUUUCAGUUCCAUCCAUCCCUACCGACUACAUUCAGCAUUUACCUCGAGCUUAUCAGCAUUAUAUUUCUCACAUUAAUGAUGUCCGAGAUGACGGUCAUUGUGUAUUUAGAGCGAUAGCCACUCAUAUAGGGUAUGGUGAAGAUUGUUGGGCUCAAGUUCGAAGAGAUCUCAUUAAUGAGAUUGAACAAAAUAUGGAUCUAUACGAUGCGCUAUAUCCAGAAAUAGGUUGGGCAGACCACCUAAUAACGGUCUUUAAAUUACUUUGA